AUGGCUACCCCUAGUGUCCACGCUUUUGACGCUGAGGGUCGGGCCAUUGACUUUGACGUCUGGGUAGAUGACCUGCAGCUUUUCCUACAGUGCGAUAGGGCAGACGGUCUCUCCCUCUUUGACCUCACCUCUGGUGCCUCUCCUGCCCCUGCUGCUGAUGCUGGCGCCACUGUUCGCUCACAGUGGGCCACACGCGAUGUUGCUGCACGUCUUGCUGUGCAUCGCGACUUGCCUACCUUUGAGCGUGCGCACUUUAGCCAGUACAAGAGUGCUAAGACCUUGUACGACGUUGUAGUUGCACGCUACUCUUCCCCUGCCACUGCUGCACUUAGCCGCCUCAUCCUGCCGUACCUCUUCCCUGACCUCGCAGCUUUUCCCACAGUCGCUGACCUCAUUACGCACCUACGCACUAGUGACAUACGCUACCGCGCUGCCCUUCCCGCUGAGGGUGCUCCCCCUCUCCUCUCUUGCCCUCUGUUGCCUCCGCUGCUGCGGCAGACCUCGUUGGUCUUGAGUCGGUCGGUGCGGCGUCUACCCCUAGCGGGAGACGCCGCCCUGGCAAGGGCAAAGGGGGCAGGGGCACUGGAGGAGCUAGCGGGGGCGGUGGAGGCGGCGGUGGAGGAGGCGGAGGGAGUGGGGGUGGCGGUGGGGGUGGUGGCGGGGGUGGAGGUGUCGGUGGCGGCAGUGGAGGCAGAGGCGGCGGCGAUGGUGGCGGUGGGAGCGGAGGUGGCGGAGGUGGCGGCGGUGGAGGAGGCGGCGGCAGAGGAGGUGGAGCUGGUCGGGGUGGCGCUGCGCAGAGGGUCGGCUCCGGUGGUGGUCAGCGCCAGCAGCAGCAGCGCACUCGUGAGAUCCCCCCCCCUCAGCAGCUUCGUGAGUGGUACGCUGCACGCCAGCGGGGUGGGGGUACUGGUCCGUGCACCUACGUCCUACGCAUCGGCGACCGCGCGGCCCGCACUGCUCACUCGCGCGGUCACCGGUGCGUAG